AUGGAUAGGGCCGAGAUCCUGAACGUGCUCGCACAAGAUCCCCAGCGUGAACGCCCUCAAAGCGCCGAACUGCGGCGACAGGCUCAAUCCAUAAUCCCCAGCAUCCCGUCCGAUGGUGACCACAACCAUGCACACGACCUGCCUGCCGCACUGCUUGACCUUCUCACACAGAUCAUCAAGCCCCUCUUCACCGGCACAAAGCACCCACAGUUGACAUCGACGGGUCGCAAGAACCUCGUCCCGGGGCCGCCGCCGUCGAUAGCAGCAGCACGCUUUCUCACCCCUUUAGCUGACGCCGAUGGGGAAGAAGAAAACCAGAGACCGUGGAAGAGGACACCCUUCACGGUGCCGUUACUGAAGUAUAUUUUGCAAAGCUAUUCGCUGCUGCCCCAACCGGCGCAGAAAUCUACGAUCGAGGCGCAUUUCCACCUCCUGGUCCCGCCCAUUCUCAACAUGAUCGACGAUGCGUCUCCCCAGUUCAAAUCCGACGGCUGUCUCUUACUACGCUUGCUAUGCACGACGCUCGUCUCGACGCAGAGCGACAUGCUGCGACGCACGGGAUUGACGGACGUGUUCGUCGACGCGCUUAAGACGAACUUCCUGCUGCUGCCCACCCUGACGCCCGAGGAAGACAGUCUGCUGGUGUUAAGGGAGCUCUACCCGGCGUAUCUGGUGCUCGUGGAAGCACGGUUCGUCAAGCUCCAAGUCGCCAUGACCGAGGGAGUCGAUAUCUCUAUAGGCAAGAAAUCUGACGCCGGGGCGACCUCGGCUAUGGCCGAGGACUUCAUGGCCCGAGAAGCCAUGCUCACAAAGCUCUACCGACACGGCAUCAUGGCGUCCCUAUCCCACCUGUCUUCCGCGACAGAUUCAUUUUCAAAUACCAUCUCCGCGCCACUCACGACGUUCCUGCUCAAGCAGAUCCCACUCAUAUUUCGGCGGCUGGGCAUCCACGCCGUGAAGCACCUCCAGACCCUGUUGCCGAUGAUGCGGGUGGCCUUGAUGGACCCGUUCGUCCUCGCCGCGCCGGCGAUGGCGCUCGCGUUGUUGGAUGUCCUGGCCGUGGUGGUCGAAGUGUGCGCGCCCCGGGUCAGGGAUAAGUGGUGGGCUGAGAUUCUCCGGGCCUGUGUCGCGUGCUGGUGCAAUUGUUUCGACGAGCAGGGGGCAGCCGCCGGUGAAGGGACCGCGAAGGCUCUACAGGAGAUAAUGAACGCGGUCAAGGGAGUGGUAAAGACGCUGCGAGACGUCCUGGGGAAGGAGCAAUGGGGCGACGUCAAGGCGAAAUUGCUGGCCGAGGAGAAAGACUUGAACGGGUUGUUGGAGGGGUAG